AUGGAGCACAUUCAUGGCAUCGACGUCAGCUGGAUGACCCACGGGUCGUCCAAAGGUGCAAAGAAUGUCGAGCAGCUUCGGGUCGCCCUCUCGACGCGGGUCUUGGUUCUCCAAUAUAUCAUCGAAGUUCUCGAGCAGCGCGCAGAGCCCGCCACCGCAAGGGGUUACCGCAACCCCCAAACCUGCCGAGCUGUCCGUGCCCAAGGCCAACCCUGCGAAGAACGCCGUCUUGCAGCACGCUGCCAAGUCAGACGGCGACGGGCCUUACACCCCAGCACCUCCACGGACGACGCCAUCCAGCAUUCUCCAUGUAUUUCGUCGGCUCUCCUCAUCAAAUGGCAGCCUCAGCCCGGUGGUCAAGGGCCAGCAUGGACUGGUCGAGCGCAUGGUCUUGAAUGUGGAUCGCCAUCGCGAGAGGUGUCCGUUGUCAGAGCUCAAUCAAGCCAAGCUGCGGCGAGUGUCUUUCUGCGUCGAUGUCGAGAUCGCGCCGAUGCCAAAAAGAAGAAGCUCGCCGAGAAGAGCGAAGGCGAGGCGCUCAAGAACCCCAAGCUAGUCGAAGAGCAGAAGGAGCAGGAGGGUGUCAUCAAGGCCACCGGGGAAGAGGUCCCCAAGGAGCCGUCAAAGGAAGGGACGCCCGGGACUGGCGAUGAUACCAAGUCGACCAAGCCAGCGGCUCCCGACACCACGGCUGAGAAAGCCGCAGACGGCAGCAAGAAGAAAGAGAAGAAGAAGAAGAGCGAGGAAGAAAGAAAGGCUCGCAAAGAAAAGAAGCGAAAGCUGGCAGAGGCGAACGGCUCGAUUCCCAUGGAGAUCCACGCAGACAGCGAUUCAUCCUCCGAAGAGCCUGUUGCCGGCCAUGCGCCUCGAGUGCAAUACAUCCCCACCACGAACCCUGUGCGGAUAUACCGCCGGUGUUGUCAGCUGAGGGAGACGCCGAUCCUGAAGAAGAUUACCGAGCAGUUGUCUGAUGGUAAUAAUUUCCUGAAGGAUUCAAGCAUGGUGGACAAGCUCGACCUCACGGGCUAUUGGCUUCAGCUUCCGGAUCUCAUUACCCUUGGCGAUUAUCUCGCGGUUGUUCCCAUUCGCGAGGUCAUCCUCGAGAAUUGCGGCCUUACCGACGAGGGGUUACGUGUUAUCCUCGCGGGAUUGCUUGCAGCGAAAAAGCCCGAAAGAAGAUCCAGAAAACCGGUUACGGAACCCGACGGACUGACGAAGCAGGGCGGUGUGGUUGAGCGACUCGUGCUCAAAAACAACAAGAUUGGCCCUGAAGGGUGGAAGCACAUAUGCCUCUUUAUCUACAUGUGCAGAACCAUCAAGUCUCUCGACAUAUCAAGCCUUCACUUCCCCCACGCGACCACCACGACUAAUGGACACUACGGACUGCACUUGCACGAGGCAGCCAAACCGCUGACGACAUGCCAGCUGCUCGCGAAAUCGAUUGGCGAGCGCCUGGCUGGCCCGCACCUCGAGUUAAUCAACAUUGGUGACACGGGCCUCAAUUCUGACGAGCUCGGGGCCAUCAUCGAUGGCAUGAUCAAGUGCGGUAUCAACCGACUUGGUCUUGCCCACAACGAUAUUGACGCCAAGGGUGUGGAGCAUGUCUCGAGAUACAUCGCCAGUGGCAAGUGCGAGGGUCUUGAUCUUGGGGGCAAUCCCAUGCAGGAUCACAUCGAGGCCUUGGCACAUUCAUUGAGCGGAGACAGCCCUCUGAGAGCCAUCAGCCUGGCCGAGUGCAACCUGACACCAAGCAGUCUUUGCAAGCUGCUCCCGCCACUCGUCAAGCUCAAGAAUUUCCUAUUCAUUGACUUGUCGCACAACCACGAGCUCUUCAACGCUCAGCCUAGCGCUGUGGCCGUGUUGCGACGAUUCCUGCCAAAGAUGCGCUUCUUGAAACGCAUCCAUCUAGCAGACGUCUCAAUGAAUGCUUCGCAAGCAAUUGCUCUCGCGGAGAUCCUCCCCGAGAUUCCGGAUCUAGCGCACAUCAACUUCCUCCAGAACCCCGAACUCACCAAGCUGGCAGACGCAAGGACCGAAGAACACCAGGAAGAGGCUUGUGCGCUCUUCGCUUCGCUCCUGGCUGCCACGAGGGUCUCCCACAGCAUCAUUGCUGUGGAUAUCGAUGUUCCUACCGAGCAAUCUGGAGAGAUUGUACGUGCUAUGGCCAAGCAGGUUGUUGCGUACUGCCUGCGCAACAUGGAGCGGCUUCCUCUUCCCAAUGCUGCUUCGAUGAUUGGCAACGAUGCGAUCAACAUUCCUACGCCUGGCGCCCACCCUGACGUUAUCCAGCAUCUGGUCGGCCACGAUUCCCACAUGAUUGACGAUGAGGAUGGCGACGAAGCUGCCCCGGACGAUGACUAUGUCAUUGGCGGCACGGGCGUCGUCAAGGCUCUCGCCUGCUGUCUUGAUAACCGCGGCGACGAGUCUCGGAGGCCCUCCGGGGAGUUUGGUAGGGAGCCCGGUAGCGGCGCUUCGACGCCCAGGACCAGGAUUGGGCCGAGCAAGGCGAAGGAUAUGUCGAAGCAUCUGCUUGGAAGCGCAAGGAGGAUCAGGCAUCGUCUGCAGCCAGCACUGGCAAGAGCCAAGGCGUCCGCGGGCGAAGACACGAAUACUUACCACCGCCUGCUCUUCUUGGACCAAACUCUUGACCGCAUGAUCAAGCGCUUCGAGGAUGAGUUCCCAGAAACGCGAGAGACUGAGCCUAGCGCGGAGACGGCGUCUCUACCUGGUUCUCAGACAGAACAGAAGGAGCCGUCCAUCAAUUCUGCCGAGGGCGAAAUGGCCCCCGUGGUGUCGGACGGCGAGGACGAGACGGAGAUCAGGCCCCCCAUGUCACGGUCCAACUCGGUCAUCUCGAUGUCUUCCAAGGGCCUCACCAACGAGGAAGGCCGCAUCCUACGUGCCGGACACCGCUUCCGCAGUGGCUGGUUCAACGAGCGGCACAUCAACCUUCUGGCCGGGGUGGAGGAGGUCGGGACUGAUCCGAUGCACGUGCGCAUCCUGCACGAACUGUUGGACGACAUCGGCAAUGAGGAGCUGAAGAAGCUGGUCGAGAAGGACGGCCCCAUCAAGGUGUUCAAGGAGCAUCGGGAUCUGCUGCUCAAUACCUUGAGAGAGCAGGACCCGGAGCACUGGGCCAGUUUCAUGCAUUCGCAGUGGAUGGCGAGAGCGAACAUCAAGCCCGAGGCCGGGGCGAACCAGCAUGAUGAGGGCGCCAAGGCGCCCAGCGCUGUCGUCGACGAAGUUGCUGUCAGUGAUUAG